UUUCCUGGUUCCUUUUUGGCUGAAAAUGGUACUUUCGAUGACUCGCUGGUCCGGAAAAGUGGCAGUGGUAACUGGUGCCAGCGCAGGAUGCGGUUCAGCGAUAGCUGAGCAUUUGGUGAAAUAUGGGUUGAGAGUUGCAGGUUUGGCAAGAAGAGUGGAACGCGUCGAGGAACUUGCGGAGAAGCUGAAAACCCAGAAAGGAAAAUUGGUUGCAGUUAAAUGUGACAUGACCAAUGAGGAAAAUAUUUUGGAAGCCUUCAAAUUUAUCCGUGAAGAGUUAGGAACCGUUCACAUUUUAAUCAACAACGCUGGUCUUGGUUUAGAUAGUACACUUUUCGAUGGCGAAACCGAAACUUGGAAAACAAUGCUCGAUACGAAUGUUCUUGGACUUUGUAUUGCUACCAGAGAAGUAGUUAGGGAGAUGAUAGCAGAAAACAUCAACGGCCAUAUAAUUCACAUAAACAGUAUCGUUGGACACAAAGUGGUGAAUUUUCCAAAAAGCAGCGUCUAUACGGCUACUAAAUUUGCUGUUACUGGCCUGGCCGAAGCAUUGCGAUUUGAGAUAAAUGAAUUGAAUCUAAAAAUGAAAAUUACGAGCGUUAGUCCUGGGGCUGUGGCCACCGAAUUCUUCAGCGUAAAAACCGGUGGUGCCAUGCCAUCCAAUUCUGAAUUGAAUUUUUUUCCUAUUUUGAAAGCGGAAGACGUAGCUAAUGCUGUUAUAUACGCACUAUCUACCCCACCUCAUGUUCAGGUCUCUGAAAUCACAAUUCAAGCGGUGGGAGAAAAAGUGUAAAUACUAGGAAGUAUUUGGGAAACAUCAAUAGUUUAUUGCUUGUAUGCACAAUUCACCCACAAAGCUCUCGCAACUUGGUGCUGGGUUCGCACCGCACCAUCAGUGAAGAAAACUUUAAAGUUUUUUUUGCACUAGUUAGUUAUUCGCAUUAAAUUAAAUGGAUCUAAUGAAAAAAGUCAUUAAAGUGUAGUAUUGAAACACAAGAUUUUUGCAACAUUGAAUUUGUCACUUAACAGUUUAAAAAAUAAUCAGCCAUUUUCGUAAA